AUGAAAAGUUCUUGGAGAUCGCUUUGUUUUACCGUAUUAUUAGCGGCAACUUUACUGCACACAGGAAACUGUUAUACCAUCACAGUCGAUGCCCAUGCCGAGGAGUGCUUUUUCGAAAAUGUUGAGGCAGAUACUAAAAUGGGUCUGACAUUUGAAAUAGCAGAAGGUGGUUUCCUAGAUAUAGACGUAACAAUCACAGGCCCUGAUGGUGCCGUGAUAUACAAGGGAGAGCGGGAGUCAUCAGGAAUGUACACAUUCUCAGCCCCCACAUCCGGCAGAUACACCUACUGCUUCAGUAAUAAGAUGUCCACCAUGACACCUAAGGUUGUGAUGUUCAACUUGGAGAUCGGAGUAGCACCUCAAGGCCAGCCUGCUGGCAAGGAAGAGGAUGUGAACCACAACAAGUUGGAAGAUAUGAUCAAGGAGCUGGCCACCACACUUAAAACUGUCAAACAUGAACAAGAGUACAUGCAGGUCCGCGACCGCAUCCACCGUGCGAUCAACGAGAGCACAAACUCCAGAGUUGUGAUGUGGUCUAUAUUUGAAGCUUCCGUCCUUCUCGUCAUGACCUUGGGACAGGUUUACUACCUCAAAAGGUUCUUUGAAGUCCAACGCGUGGUGUAA